CGAUCUCUUGCAUCAGUUGGUGCUUUUAUGAUGGCCUCCACUAAUUUUAAUGCGACAAACCAUGGUCUCCAGAUUGGAAACAACCAAGGUUCUAUCACAGCAGAAUUUCAUGUUGCCCGGGGUAAUUUCAAUACCAUGAUGUCAAUCGGUCUUAUCGAGGAGCUCGCGCGGGCGCAGGAUGAAACUACUGUGGUUAUUUAUUUCUUCUGCCAAAAUGCUGACUAUGAGCUCAAUACCCUUGAAGCCAUUCUCAAGGGGUUGAUUCUCCAACUAGUGAAUCAGCAAACGGAGCUUGGAGAAUCUCUCCGUCGCCGUUGGGACACUGUCACAGAGCGCUUUAGCGAGGAUCUUACCUCGUGGCAAUCAUUGUGGAACAUUCUUUUUGAGAUGUUGGCCCGGUGCAAGUACUCAAGGGUAUAUAUGGUCAUUGAUGCUCUUGAUGAGUGUCAAGAUGACGGCAUGGCUGACUUCCUCAAAUCCAUCGUCCGAAAGGGACUGGAUCAUCCCGCUAAGAUCAAGUGGAUGUUGACAAGCCGACCAUGGGACAGCGCAGAGCGGGUAUUAUUAGCUAGCCAUGACCAAGUGCAAGUCAGUCUGGAUGAGGAGCUCCAUUCCCAAUCUGUUUCGGGUGCUGUGAAGGCUUAUAUCACAUAUAAAGUGGAGGAACUCGGUCGCCUGCACAGAUAUGGACCGACCCUAAAGAGCGAAGUAGAAACGGAGCUUACUGAAAGAUCGGAGGGUACCUUUUUAUGGGUAAGUUUGGUAUGCAAGUCACUUGAAAGGGUCUGCCGAGAUGAGGCUCUGUCCACAAUUCAAAGCUUGCCGCCAGGUCUGCAUCCGUUCUAUGAACGGAUAUUGAACCAGCUCAAUGAGGGCGAACGGGAUGAAGUGCAGAAAUGUAUGCGACUGCUCAAGGCCAUGAUGACGGUAUACCGACCAUUGAAAGUGGAGGAAGUUCCUAGUGUGAUUGGCCUAACCGACGAGGAGGACACCAUUAGAGUAUUGGUCGAUUGCUGUGCUUCAUUCAUCCGAUUGCGGGAAGACAACAUCGAGUUUGUUCAUCAGUCAGCUCGAGACUACUUGGCCGGAGAGAACGGACUAUCCAUACUCGACUCGUAUGAACGCUUUGGGCAUGAAGAAAUUGUCAUGGGUUGUCUGUCCUAUUUAUCUGAAUGUCUCAAGCCCAACCUGGUCGAACUGCCGCGACCUGAUGCCACCAGAGACUCUAUGAGAACUUUGGAAAAUGGAGCAAGGAAUGGUGUACUGUCACGUGUGGACUACGCGGCUCUGUUCUGGGUGUCGCAUCUAAAGAAGACUAGUAAUGACACCGACAAGAGUCAUGUUAGCAUAUUCCUCCAUACAAAGUUGUUGGAAUGGCUAGAAUGCCUAAGCCUGUUGGACAGACUACCAAAAGCCGUUGACGCGUUGCAAGCAUUGGAGAUUAUUCUGAAAGAUGACAGUCUAGCUUUAGCACUCGUGCAGGAUGCUAUGCGCUUUUUAUUGCGACACUAUCACACUUUAUCGCACUGGCCAUUGCAGAUCUACAGUUCUGCCAUCGUCUUCAGUCCUGAAUCAAGUGUUGUGAAGAGAGAAAAUCUACCCAAAAUUCCCGUAUGGCUGAGAAACGCCCCUCCCAUAGAGGACAGUUGGACGCCUUUGAUACAGACACUUACAGGUCAUUCUGGGUCUGUCGAGAUUGUCGCCUUCUCACCUGAUGGCAAGCAGAUAGCGUCAGGCUCUGAUGAUGGCAUAAUCAAGCUCUGGGAUGCUAUUACAGGUGCCCUCCAGAAAACGCUAUCAGGUCACUCGAAGGAGAUCACGGCUAUGGCUUUCUUGCCAGAUAGCAAACUUAUCAUAUCAGGCGCUCAUGAUGGCUCUAUCAUGCUUUGGGAUACCACCACAGGUGACUUUCAGGUGAUAGGCGACCACUUCAGAACAUCCAAGGACUACGAUCCCUACUUGCAGCCACUAGAAGAGGUCCAUUAUAACCCCCACGCCCUUGCUUUCUCGGCGGAUUGCAGGCAGAUCGCAGCAGUCGGUCGUUAUCAAGAUGAUCAUGUUAUCAUGCUUUUUGAUACUGGUACAUGGGACGCCCGGAAGAUACUUACAGACUAUUCAGACUCAUUCUUAGCUCUGGCCUUCUCACCAGACAACAGACAGCUUGUAUCAGUCUCUCGUGACCGCAAAGUCAGGCUCUGGGAUACUACCACAGGUGACCUUCAGAAAACACUAGUCGGCCACACAAGCUGGACUUACACUGUAGCCUUCUCACCAGAUGGCAAGCAGAUUGUAUCAGGCUCUGAUAAUGGUAUCAUUUUUUGGAAUGCUGCAACAGGUGACCUCCAGGCGACAUCAGCAAGCCCUGCUGCCCGGAGUGUGGCCUUCUCACCCGACAGUAAGCAGGUCGCAGCAGGCUUUACAGACGGCACAAUCCAUAUUUGGGAUGCUUCAGGCAAUCUUAAGGAGACACUAGCAUGCCACUCCUGGGCAAUUAUGUCUCUGGCCUUCUCACCAGACGGCAAGCAGAUUGUUACAGGCUCUAGUGAUAGCACUAUCAAGCGUUGGGACAACACCCGAGGUGCUAUUCAGAAGGUCGCAGGCCACUCACACAGUGUUACAACCGUGGCAUUCUCACCAGACUGCAAGCUGAUUGCAUCAGGCUCUGUUGACGAAACAAUUAAGCUUUGGGAUGCUGCAACCGGCGAUCUCCAUAAAACACUAGCAGGCCAUUUAAUCGGAAUCCGUGAUCUGGUUUUCUCACCAGACAACAGGCAGAUCGCGUCGUGCUCUUAUGAAGCACUCAAGCUCUGGGAUGCUGCCACAUGUGACCUCCAGAGCUCAUCUGAGAGCGACGACCCAUUCAUCACGGUGGCCUUCUCACCUGAUAGCAAAAUUAUCGCAUCAGGACAUGAAAGCGGCCGCAUUAGUCUCUGGAAUACAGCCACAGGUGACCUCGAAAAGGCACUGGCAGGCCACAAAAGCAAAUUUGAGUCCCUGACGGGAUUAGACCUGUUCGAUGUCGAAGUCAAAACCGUGACCUUCUCACCCGACGGCAAGCUUAUUGCAUCAGCCUCCGCCGAUGCAACCAUUAAACUUUGGGAUACCGCAACAGGAGACCUCCAGAAGACACUAGUAUGCCAUCCACAGGGCAUCAAUAUUUUGGACCCUAUAACACUAGCAGGCCUGUCAGGCUGGAUCAUUGCACUGGCCUUUUCAUCAGACAGCCAGCAUAUCGCAGCAGUCUGUAAAAAUAAAACCAUCAAGGUCUGGAGCAUCGAAAAAUCCCUCAAAGCCUCAAAAUAUCUGGGACGCACUUUCGGUAGCCAUAUCAAGUCGUCCCGGCCAUGGAAGGAGAUUCAAACACCAGAGCAGGUGUAUACCAUAGAAUUUGCAGCAGGCAACCGACACCUCGCAACAGAUAUUGGACUAAUGGCACUUGAGAGCACCCCGACAGAAGGGGAGGAGGAGCUGCCAGUGAGGUCGAGCUCGGAUUCAUUGCAGAACCUCUAUCUCCGAGACGAGUGGUUAUGCUAUGGAGCCAUGCCCAUCCUCCGGCUAUUGCCCGAUUAUCAUGUUGAUCCAUGGGAUGCGAACGGCGAUCACCUGGCUGUCGGAUUCAGCAACGGCGUAGUUUCAAGCUUCGACAUUGAUCGACGUGGUUUACAACCAUUGUGGGAAGCAUUUCAGCCAUGA